CCGAACAGCGUUCCCCUUCCCGUAUUCGGCUGUAGACCGCAAACGACGCGCCCAAUCCCACCUUCCAGCACCCACCUUGCGUCGAGACAGUAUGGAUGAGCCAGUCAACUGUAGUCCAAACCGGGAGGAGCCCUUUGAGGGGUCCAUCGGUCUUCGCAUCGGUGCCAUCUUCAUCAUCCUCGUCACCUCUGCCGCCACCACCCUCUUCCCGGUCAUCACCAGGAGAUUGCCAAGAGCCCACGUGCCUGACAGUGUCUUCGACUUUGCCAGAUACUUUGGCUCUGGUGUCAUCAUCGCCACCUCCUUCAUCCACUUGUUGGCGCCUGGCACCGAAGAGCUCACUAGCCCUUGCUUGAACGCAAACUUUCAAGUGUACCCUUUCAGCUUUGCCUUUGCCAUGAUCGCCGCUUUCAUGACCUUCUUCGUCGAGAUCAUGGCCUUCCGUUUCGGCUCCAAAAAGGCGGAACAGCUUGCGUACAAUGGUCAUGCUGGCGGGCAUCAUCAUCCUGCAGAGCACGGUACUGUCCCACCCAACGUCACAGAGCCUCUUUCGGGAUCGAGCGACGUGGAGAAGACGCACCAGCCCAAAGACGUUGGUCUCGGCUCUGACAUUGAGGAGGUGGCCGUUCUUGACAAGGACGCCCCCUUGUCUGCUGCUGCGUCUCAGAUCAUUGGCGUACUCAUCCUCGAGUUCGGUGUCAUUUUCCACUCUGUCAUCAUCGGCAUUACCCUCGGCACCACUACAGACUUCACCAUCCUCUUCAUUGUCAUCAUCUUCCACCAGAUGUUUGAAGGUCUUGGUCUCGGAUCUCGACUCGCCACUUUGCCCAUCUCUAGAAAGUCGCUGAUUCCAUACAUCGGCUGCAUUGCGUACGCUUUGGUGACGCCCAUCGGUCUGGCCAUUGGACUGGGCGUGCGCACGACCUACAAUGAAGACAGCGCUCGCGCCAAUUACGUGACGGGCAUCUUCGACAGCUUCUCUGCAGGAAUUUUGAUCUACACCGGUAUGGUGCACUGCUUGGCUCACGACAUGAUCAUGAACGACAAGUUUAGGACCCUGCCAAUGGGAAGGCUGCUCUUCAACAUCUUCACCAUGCUGCUCGGCGCUGGCCUGAUGGCCCUUCUUGGUCGCUGGGCUUGACCGUCUGGUGCCGGCUGCAAUUUCGGAGACGGGAGCGAGCUCGCUUCGUCUGGUUGCAGAGCUUUUGGUCUCCUGAAAAAGCCAGGGUUUGUGUCCCGCUGUUACUCUUCUUGCAUCCAAGUCGCCAUCGCUGGCGCUUUCUAUUCUAGUGUACCAUACCCGCCAUUUCUUUACAGAUGAACUCGAUUCGUACUUGGCUCGAUCAUUUGAACGAUGACAUAGAUGUUGCU